UACAGGCGAUCUAGGGUUUACAAUUCUCGGCUAUUAGAACUUACGGAGCACCAGCUGCCGAUACAUUCCGACUGCAAUAAUGUCGCUGGUAGCAAACGAGGAGUUUCAACACAUUCUUCGUGUCCAGAACACAAACGUUGAUGGCAAGCAGAAGAUUAUGUUCGCUAUGACCUCAAUCAAAGGUAUUGGUCGUCGUUUUGCCAACAUCGUUUGCAAGAAGGCCGAUGUCGACAUGAACAAGAGGGCUGGAGAACUUUCAAAUGCUGAGAUUGAUAAUCUGAUGACAAUCGUGGCCAAUCCAAGGCAAUUCAAAAUCCCAGACUGGUUUUUGAAUAGGAAGAAGGAUUACAAGGAUGGGAAAUAUUCCCAGGUGACAUCGAAUGCUCUUGACAUGAAGUUGAGAGAUGACCUUGAGCGUUUGAAGAAGAUCAGAAACCACCGUGGUCUUCGUCAUUACUGGGGUUUGAGAGUGCGUGGACAGCACACCAAGACUACUGGGCGCAGGGGAAAGACUGUUGGUGUGUCAAAGAAGAGAUAAGUUAUGUUUUUGUUUUCAUCAGUUUUGGAUGUUUGGGGUUAUGUCAUGGUGUUAUAAUUUUACUUUCUUGGAUGAUGUUUUUGUUAGUCUGUUUUUCAGAUCUCAUGUUAGAAAUUGUUGUUCCGGAUAUAUAGAUUAUUGAUGAAUUUUGGCUUUUCUCUGGAUUUA